AUAGGGAAACGACAGCUUCUGUUGAUAGAAUCAACAGAAGAAACAAAUUGGAAAGGCAGGCUACAUUAAAAAUUCUGAUAUAUAUAUCAGUAUUUUUAAAAUGGAUACCUUUAACGCUAUAUGGAAUAUGCAUUAUGUCCGGUAUUGAAGAAGCCUUAUGGAUGCAUAUCUCUGCCCUUGUUGCGUUUCAUUUGGGUGGAUUAUAUAAUUGCACAUUAUAUAUAAUGAAUGAAGGAUUCCGUCGUUCCAAUAAGAAUACAACAAAUGCGGUGGAAGUUCAGCCUAAAAAACCUUAG